AUGUAUGAGCCACCACCUGGUACGAAGAAGGAACGAGAAAGAGAAGAUGAUGAACCAGAAUAUAAAUUUGAAUGGCAGCGAAAAUUUAAUGCACCAAGAGAGGAUUACUGCAAAGGUGAUUCAGAAAUCAGGGAUCAACCAUUUGGCAUCCAAGUUCGCAAUGUACGGUGCAUCAAGUGUCACAAAUGGGGUCACAUUAAUACAGAUAAGGAAUGCCCAAUGUAUAAUCAGGCAUCAAGUUCUGACCAGGCAGGUGAUUCAUUGGAUCCAUUGAUUCUUGUCCAACAAAUGAGAGAGGACGGUCUUGCUAUGAAAAGGAGUGCUCUUAGUAUUCCACAGCAGAUGAGAUUCUCUAGAGAUCAGGACCUUAUUCCAAGUGAAAAUGAAGAUGAGGAAUCAAAAAAGUCUGAAAUAGAACUCUUGAAGUCAUUAUCAAUGAAGCAGAAACGAAGGCUACUUAGGAAACUUGACAAAAUGUUGAAGAAGAACAAGAGGAGCAAAUCCAAGAAGAGGAAAAUGAGGAAGUCUGAACAGACAGCAAAGGAUAGUGAGAGUUCAAGUAGUGAAACACCUAAGGAAGAAAUAAAAUCACAUAAGGAGAAAAGAAGAGUGAAGGAAGACAAAAAUAAACAAAGAGAAAGGCAUUACAAAAACAUAGUAAUCAAGAAGAACAAUCGACAUUGAGCAGUGGAGCACAAUCACAUAAGACUGUAAGAAGUUCAUGGUAGAAGCAUUGAUUUUGUUGGCCACCUCAGUAUGCACCAGUGGCAUCAAGCAACUUGUGAGAGAACAUCUAAUCGGGAAUACAGAAAGACUGCCAGACCAAAAGUACAG